AUGUGCAGAUGGGGUUGUCAGGCAAACGACACAACAUACAUGUGCAAGUGGUGUGGAACAAGAUUUUGUAAAGUUUGUUUGGUCGGAGACUUUCAAGGAAAAAUGAAAGCUGAGGACCACUGUUUUGUUUGCAAUCAGUUAAGAUGUAUUGGAAAACGCGUUGAAUAUGUACCGUCUACAAAGAAACCAGAAACAAAAUCUAUAAAGAAAGGAGGGGCGAGAAAAAGCAAAAAGAAAACAGGAAAAAGUGCAAAAAAGACUGGGAAGAGUAAAAAGAAGAAAAAGUAGAUACAAAAUUACGUUUUUCGAUCCACGAAAUCAUAACCCAAGUCACAGCUACCAAAUUUUAUUUAAAGAACAUAGAUCUUUAGAAAAGUUUAUAGUACCCCAGUAGACAAAGUGUUUGAUUAGCAACAUUAUAAUUUAA